AUGGCAUCGCUUCUUUGUGUGUUAGGUCGUGACCUUGGCCCAAUUUUUCUACUCUUUCUGACGGCUGUCAUCUGGAAGAGGAACUUCUACAUGCGUGGCUUGACCUACCGAACAUGUGUAGUGCCAGCAAGCCGGGAGAAGAUCAUGAAAUCGAUCUUCUACAUUGGCUUGCUCGGGAGCUUUGACGCCGCCUUAAGGCGGAUGGGUCAGCUCCUUGUUCUACUCAAGCUACCAGUUUUCCCAAAGUCCGAGCGCUCGGCUUUUUUGCUCCGCCUUCUGUUCCUUCAUGUUCCUUGGGCCCUCUGGGCAAUCCGGGGCCCCCUGAGCGAGCGCGGCUCUACUCGCGAUGACCGUGGCUGGUCGGACGCCGUGACGCGCUCGCGCCUUUGGCGGAUGGUCUCCGCUGCGUUCGGCCACGCGCAGAUCGUCCUCUCGGAGGAGUGGCGUCAGCUCAGCCCAAAGGAGAUCCAACAUUGGAUGGAUCGUCACUAUGUCAUCCCGAUGCAUCCCCAUGGCCUGCUGCCAUUUGGGGCCAUCCUGGCCGGGCUCACAUGGGCUGGCGGCGGCCUCCGGGGUCGCACAGCCUCUGGCGUAGAACUGCCCGAGCCGGAGAACGGAGGCGAACUUCUGCACCAGCGCUGGUUCAGGCAGAUGAAGCUGCGUGCGGCAGUUGCGUCCGGGGCAUGCGGCCUUUUCCCCGGCUUCUACGAGAUGUUCACGACGCUGGGUGCCUUUGAAUGCACCAAGCCCUUUAUCUGUGACCGUCUCCGGGCUGGGCGCGAUGUAGCCAUCUUCGUGGGCGGGGCACAGGAGAGCGCGUAUGCCACCCCAGGGCGCUAUGUCUGUUACGUCAAUUCCCACAAAGGAUUCGUGCGGCUUGCUUUAGAGGAGCGGAGGGACCUCCUCCCGAUGUGGUGCUUUGGCGAUGAGGCCAUCAUUCCUCAGAUGAGGGACCCGCCCGCGUGGAUCGCGCAGUUGCAGAAGUUGUUCAAGAGCAUCACGGGGCUCCUAGUACCUCCAGCCUUCGCCGGAUUGCCACGACUUCCGCCGCUGACCCUGGUGACGGGAGUUCCGGUCUCGUUGGAGGAUCUGUGGGCGAAGGAGCUUGGUGGUGAGGUUUCUGAAGAGGCUGUGAACGAGGACAGGUUUUCUGGGCAGUGGCCGCUGUCAUUAGCUCAAGCCUUUGGGAACGUCGGCUGUGGUGGCUCAGCAGGGCUUCCUCCCCAGAAUAUGAAAAACACGAAAAGAGCCGCAUCCCUGCAAGCUCAGAUCAAUUGUUCUGCAGGGCCAUCGUCGAUACGUGGAGGCAAAGCGUGUGGCCUAUGCAGAAAGUAA